UUUCAGGGUCCCACUGCUGUGAGCGAUGACGUCACAGUACAAUUUCAAACGUAUCACGGUUGUUCCGACAGCUUCGGAACUGAAAGAAAUAGUGUUGUCGAAGACACAACGUAAGACACCAACUGUAAUUCACAGGCAGUAUGCUAUUGGACGGAUACGUGCUUUUUAUGCCCGCAAAAUCAAGUUCCUCCAACAGACGUUGCAUGACAAAUUGACUCAAAUUAUAAAUGAAUUCCCGAAAAUGGAGGAAGUACACCCCUUUUACUCUGAUUUGAUGAAUAUUCUGUAUGAUAGAGAUCAUUACAAAAUUGCGCUUGGACAGAUGAAUACAGCUAGACAUCUUAUUGACGGAAUUGCCCGCGAGUAUGUGCGGUUAAUGAAGUAUGGUGACUCCCUCUAUCGCUGCAAAAUGUUGAAAAGAGCCGCUUUGGGAAGAAUGGUGAAGUUGUUAAAACGACAGAAGUCUAGUUUUGAGUACUUGGAGCAAGUUCGACAGCAUCUUUCACGUCUCCCGAGUAUCGAUCCUGGGACUAGGACUCUAAUAUUGUGUGGUUUUCCAAAUGUUGGUAAAUCAUCAUUUAUCAACAAUGUUACGAGAGCUGACGUUGAAGUGCAACCGUAUGCGUUCACAACAAAAGCUCUUUAUGUCGGUCAUCUUGACUACAAAUUUCUGCGAUGGCAGGUUAUCGACACGCCCGGUAUACUCGAUCAGCCACUAGAAGAGAGAAACACCAUAGAAAUGCAAGCCGUAACCGCUCUCGCUCAUCUCAAAGCCGCUGUACUAUUCAUAAUGGAUGUUUCCGAACAGUGUGAUAGGACCAUUGAGGAACAGGUUGCUCUCUUUGAUUCUAUAAGACCACUGUUUGGUAACAAGCCAGUUUUGAUUGGUCUGAAUAAGGUAGACAUUGUUCGACGAGGUGAUCUUCCCGCAGAAAAGGAAGCUCAGCUGGAAAAGAUUGAGAAGGAUGGAAUUCCAGUUAUAGAAAUGUCUACUGUUACGCAUGAAGGAGUAAUGAGCCUUAGGGACAAGGCAUGCGAUGAAUUGCUGGCACAACGAGUUGAGGCUAAGCUACACUCAAAGGCAGCAUCUGUAGAGGACACGGUACUUAGCCGAGUCUUUGUUGCAUUCCCGACUCCUAGAGACGAUAAAGUUCGUGCACCUUUUAUCCCUCCUGCUGUGUUGCAGCGAAAGCAACGCAUGCAAGUUGACAAUAGCUCAAGGCGUGAUGAAAAUACACGAAAGCUUGAACGUGAGUUGGAACUAGAAUUAGAAGACGAAUACAUCUUGGAUCUCAAGAAACACUAUCUCCUCAAAAAUCCAGAGGAGAAGUAUGAUAUUGUUCCUGAGAUCUGGGAGGGACACAAUAUAGCUGAUUUUGUUGAUCCGGAAAUUGAGAAGAAACUGGCUGAUCUGCUAGCUGAAGAGGAGUUGCGUGAGAAGGCGGGAGAAUACGACUCUGAUUUGGAUAGCGAUGAUGAAGAAACCAAAGAAAAGCUGGAACUAGCCAAACAGAUUAGAGAGAAAGAGAAAUUGAUGGCACUAGAAAAUCACAUGAAUAAGUCAAAGGCGGGAAGCCAAGUUUCGCGGUUGAGUGUACGUAAGCGAGAAAGAUCUAUGGGUCGGUUGGAGGAGCAAAUGCAAGAACUAGGCGUAGAGAUCGACACAAAGCGCAUGAAGAAUCUCCAAGGACAAGCUCAAAAACCGCAGCUUGGUAAGAAGGUGAAGGUUGGCCGAUCACCAAGUCUAAGUGCAUCGCGUCCACCGCCGAGAGAUGAACUUGCUAUACCUAACAAGGAGACAAGAGCCAAGGCCGCUAAACUUCGUGUGAAUGCUAUGCGUCGGUUGAGGAAAGAGGCAAGAAAGGGAGAAGCUGAUCGUCACGUGUAUGAUCUGAAGCCGAAGCAUUUGUUUAGUGGAAAGCGAAAAAUGGGAAAAACCGACAGGAGAUAA